AUGGGAGAAGAAACGAAACCAUUCGAAAUCGCCAUCAUUGGGGGAGGCAUAGCUGGGAUAAUCCUCGCCAUUUCGCUCGCUAAACGCAAUGUACCCUGUAUCAUCUAUGAGAAGGCCCAUGCCUAUACCGAGCUUGGAGUCGGCUUGGGCGUUUCGCCUAAUGCUCUCAAGGCGAUGGUAACUUGUGAUCCGGCGAUUCUCGAAGCCCUCGAAAGCGUGGCUGAGCCACCUUUCCGGUGGGAGGUGUUUGACGGUACAGAUGAAGCAAACGAGGACACCGUUCUUUUCACACUUGGAAACUCUACUACAGGAAUUCGGGGUUGUCACCGAGGCCAGUUCUUAACGCACUUACUCAAACAUGUUCCCAAUGACAUGAUACAUUACAGUAAGGAGCUGGAAAGCAUUGAGGACCCAAAACAAGUGGGCAGACGGAUUCGAAUGAUCUUCCGAGACGGAUCAACCGCUGAGGCCGAUGGAAUAAUCGGAUGCGAUGGAAUCAAAUCUCACACAAGAGGGAUCGUCAUAGGACACAAUCAUGCCGCUACGAAGUGCACCUACACCCAUAAGUAUACUUACCGCGGUUUGAUACCGAUGAGCCAAGCCGUAGAGAUUCUGGGACCAGACAGAGCAAGAACCUCCGGGUUGUGGGUCUGCAAUGAUGCACACAUAGUCACCUACCCGGUGGCUCAUGGGAAAAUGCUGAACUUGGUCGCUCACACCUCAACUACCGAAGAGUGGCCAAGCGAGACAAUUACACUCCCUUACAGCGAUGACUCGGUCCCUACAUAUGCGAAGGGCCGUAUAUGCCUUCUUGGAGACGCAGCACACGCAUCCACCCCGCAUCAAGGUGCUGGAGCGGGAAUUUGUGUUGAAGACGCGGCAGUCAUGGCAUCACUGUUGGCAGACCAAACGGUACGAGAUAGUAGAGGAAUUGAGGCUGCGUUUGCUGCAUUUGAUGCUAGCCGUCGGGAAAGGGGUCAAUGGCUUAUUCGGGAGAGUCGAAGGGCUGGCGAACUUUACGAUCUCCGGACGGAGCAUGAGAAGGACUUUGAUAAGCUACGCGAGGAAAUCUAUGCGCAGGCAGAGGAGUUGUGGAAUUUUGACCUCGACAGAAACAUCAGAGAUGCGUUGGAGGAAAUGAGACGUCGUCUAGGUGUAGAAUAG